AAGGGAACCAGACAGUAUAGCAUGAUUAACGAGAGAGACAGAUUUAUGGUCAGACGUAAAUUUGGGAAGUAGAAUAAUUCAAAUUGGACAAAAAAAAAUACUAUACUAAAGUAAAAGCUUAUUCAUUAGAAUGUAUCAGUACAAUUUUGUCUUCCUCGUACUUACCUUGUGUUUCAAGCUUUUCAGUGGAGCAGCCAAUUCAAAAUGUUCAUAUACUUGUACCAAAAGAUUAACAAAACUUGGUGUAAAGAUAAUGAGAUGCCCUCACAAUGCCUUUAUGGUGUGUCCUCAAACCUUUACUAAAUAUUAUCUGAAAAAACAAAAAUGUGUCAAGUGUUGUCCAGGAUUUACUGAAAUCGAUGUGGGAAUCUGUAAAGAUAUCAAUGAAUGUUCCAAGUCAAAUGGUGGAUGUCAGCAUAUUUGUAAUAACACACAAGGAAGCUACCACUGUCAGUGUAAACUUGGUUAUAAACUUAGCAAUGGUAAAAAGUGUGUAGAUAUAAAUGAAUGUGCUAAAGGAAAUGGUGGCUGCCAACAUAACUGUCUCAAUUCAGUUGGAAGCUACAAAUGUUCCUGUAAAUCAGGAUACCAGCUUGUGAACAACAAACAGUGCUCUGAUAUAAAUGAAUGUGCUAAAGGAAAUGGUGGCUGCCAACAUAACUGUCUCAAUUCAGUUGGAAGCUACAAAUGUUCCUGUAAAUCAGGAUACCAGCUUGUGAACAACAAGCAGUGCUCUGAUAUCAAUGAAUGCUACAAAUCAAAUGGAGGAUGUCAACACAUUUGUAAAAACACUCAAGGAAGCUACCAAUGUCAGUGUAGACUUGGCUAUAAACUUAACAAUGGUAAAAAGUAUGUAGACAUUAAUGAAUGUUCUUCAAGAAAUGGUAACUGUCAACAUAUCUGUACCAAUAUAGAAGGAAGCUAUCGAUGUUCCUGCAAAACCGGUUAUAGACUUGCUACUACUAAACAUUGUAUGAUAUUAAUGAAUGUUUAUCAGACAAUGGAAGCUGCCAACAGGUCUGUAGCAAUACAAUAGGAAGCUACAAAUGUUCUUGUCAACCUAGUUAUAAUCUCAUUAACGACAGUCAAUGUGUUGAUGUAAAUGAAUGCUUGGGGUCAAAUGGUGGCUGUGAACACAAUUGUAGAAAUAUUAUUGGUAGUUUUAUGUGUAUGUGUAAAUCUGGAUACAUAAAAGUUAAUUUCACACACUGCAUUG